AAGAAAAAAAUUAAAGUGAAAAAUGGCUCGUACUAAGCAAACUGCCCGUAAAUCGACUGGUGGCAAGGCUCCUCGUAAGCAAUUGGCCACUAAAGCCGCUCGUAAGAGCGCACCAGCCACCGGCGGUGUUAAGAAGCCUCAUCGUUUCCGUCCCGGUACAGUCGCUUUGCGUGAAAUCCGUCGUUACCAGAAGAGUACUGAAUUUUUGAUCCGCAAAUUGCCCUUCCAGCGUUUGGUUCGUGAAAUUGCUCAAGAUUUCAAAACUGAUUUGCGUUUCCAGAGCUCUGCUGUCAUGGCCUUGCAAGAAGCCAGUGAAGCCUACUUGGCUGCCGGCGAAAAGAAGACAGCUGCCAAAAAACCAUCUGCCGCCAAAAAGACCGCUGAAAAGAAGAAGGCUGACAAAACAAAGGCCAAGGCUGCCAAGAAAACCGGUACAGUUAAGGCAAAACCCGCAAAGACCGCCGCUAAAGCAUCUGCCACCAAACCAAAGGCACCCAAGGCAAAAACAGCCGCUGCUAAGCCCAAAAAAGCCGCAGCGCCAAAGAAGCCAGCUGCCAAGAAAGCCGCCGCCAAGAAGUAA